UUGGGUAGUUUAGAUUGACUAAUUUCAGCAUGUGGGUAUCCUUCAUACUGAAUGCUCUGCAUUAAUUCUCCAUUAAUCUAUAAUUUACAGUUAAGUUUUCAGAUUAACCUGGGCUUCCUAAACUAGAAAAAUUUACAAACAAAAAAUAAAAAAAUUCUUAAUUGCCUUGCCUCCCUCUCUUAAUCUCCAUGAGAUUUUACAGUUUACAUUGUCGGUACUUUUGCAGAGAUUGUUGGGUAGUUUUUAGCCUAAAAGAACUAACCAAAAAGUAGAGUGGCUGCAGCACAAGCACAAGCAGAGGUUCUUGUUUCACGGGCCACGCCGCUCGUGUUUAUUGCUUUGCUCCUCCUGCGCCUUGAAACCCUUCACUUGACUUGAGAGUUGAGAUCUCGAGGCCAGCCUUUGGACUUGGCCUCCAAAACUGACAAGUGUUUGCAGCCUUUCCUUCCUCCGCCAUUUUCUCUGGUAAACCAAACCCUCAUAGCAUUUGGUUAUUGGGUUCAAUACAAAGCACUUGAGAGAGAGGAGCUUUUGGGUUUGUUUUGUUGCGCCCAAAGGUGUGAAAGCUGGCCUUUUCAAAUAUAUUGCAUUGCCCACCACAAUCACAGGACGGUCGGCUAUAUUCAACAAUAUCACUCUUGCUUUGCAUUCAAACCGAGUUGAAUUACUUGCUGUGGAUGCCUCAUUGUGUUUGCAUAGUUAAGGAGAAAAACUCGGUCCGUGAAUUGAGGGCUUUGGUGGGUUUUAAAGGGGUUCUAAGUUGUUUGUUUGAUUUGCCUGCAGCUGGAGGAGUGUUAGAAUAUACUGUGUUUUUUGUAUAUGUGGAAUAUUGGUCUUAAGUGAGAGACAUGCUGAGCUCUGAUGAUGGAGAAAAUGAUGUGUUCUUCGACUCGGUGGACUUAUCAUCUCAAGAGUCAAUUGUAGCAAAAGAGGAACCGGGGUGUAGUAAGUUGGAGUAUGAAAUUUGGAUGAAUGAGCCACCAAGUAUUAAGGAAAGACGGGAGAGUUUUCUACGAAAGAUGGGUUUAGCUGAGUUUGAUUCUGCAAAGUGUGGUUCUGUGGAGAUGGAAAUGGAAUCUGGUGCCUUAUCAAAGAUGAUGGGAUUGCAAAGACUUUUGGAAUGCAGUAGAGCUGCCUCAAGCUCUUGCAUCUCUUCUUCUAGUUAUAUUGAAGAAAAUUUGGGUUGUUGUAGAAGGGAAGGGGACAAUCAAGCAAAUCUUAUGCAGAAUGAAUUAGAUAUAAACCUACAAGAUAAGUUGAAUUUAGUCUCCAUCCAGGAGGCUGUUCGUAUUAUUUCACCUUCUGUUCGUAUUAUUUCACCUUCUGCUACAGAUUCUUCCCAGAGAGAAGUUGAGGCUCCAGUAGAAGAAUGUGGGAAUUCACAUGAGGGUAGAAAGAAGAAGGAGAGUUGGUGGAAACAGUUUAUAAACAAGACGAAGAGAAGAGGAGGGAAAGUUGUAUUUGAGGGAUCAAAACCAGAUACCGAAAUACUCAAACAAAAUAGGAUGAAGGUCCAGCAGAACAGUAAGAGGUGUAUGGAGUUCGCUGCAUUAUGCAAUGGGCAAGAAAUUCGUGCGCACAAGGGGUUUAUAGGGGCUAUGAAGUUUAGUCCUGAUGGACAAUAUCUUGCAACUGGUGGUGAAGAUGGGGUCGUACGCAUUUGGUGUGUUACAUUAACAGAUGCCUCUUGUAAUUACUUACCAGCUGAAGGCAACUUUGAUAGCAAACUUAAAAAGAUCAAGUCUGGUUAUCGAGUGAUCUUUCCUGAUAAGGGUUUUCGAAUUGAAGAGUCACCACUGCAAGAGUUCCAUGGCCAUUCGAGUGAUGUGUUAGAUCUUGCUUGGUCAAAUUCAAAUUGUCUUCUUUCUUCUUCAAUGGAUAAAACUGUUCGUCUGUGGGAAGUUGGUUGCAGUCAGUGCCUAAAUGUUUUCCAUCACAAUGAUUACGUGACAUGCAUUCAGUUCAACCCUCUCAAUGACAAUUACUUCCUAAGUGGAUCAAUUGAUGGAAAAGUUCGAGUUUGGGGCCUUUUUGAGAAGCGAGUUGUUGAUUGGGCUGAUGUGCGAGAUGUUAUAACUGCUAUAUGUUAUCAACCAGAUGGGAAAGGGUUUGUAGUUGGUUCUGUUACAGGCACUUGCCACUUCUAUGAAGUAUCAGGGGAAUAUCUUCAGCUGGUUGUGCAAAUGCAUAUUCAUGGUAGAACUAAAACCUCUGGCAACCAAAUCACUGGCAUCCAGUUUUCCCGGGAAAAGUUGCAAAGAGUUAUGAUAACAUCAGAAGACUCGAAAAUCCGUAUAUUUGAGGGAGUAGAACUUAUAAAGAAAUACAAAGGUCUUCCAAAGUCAGGAUGUCAGAUGUCAACUUCUUUCACAUCGAAUGGGAAACAUAUAAUCUCAGUUGGAGAGGACUCGCAUGUUUAUUUAUGGGACUAUGAUGGCUUUUGUGUCUCAUCCUCCAAACAAAUAAGAUCUGUUAAAUCCUGUGAGCAUUUCUUCUGUGAAGGUGUGUCUGUUGCAGUACCUUGGUCAGGCAUGAGACCUGAACAAAGGAGCCUAGAAACUGCUAGUGGGCGAUAUUGCUCACAAAGACAAGGCCACCUAGAGCCUGCUUAUGGAAGCAGAGAUGCAGAACGUUUUUCCCUUGGAAGUUGGUUAUUCUCAAAUGGUCCGUGCAGGGGCUCUGCAACUUGGCCUGAGGAGGAACUCCCUCCACGGGCUCCGCAACAUCAAGAUCAUCAGCACCACCACCACAAUCACCCUGCUAGACCAGAUACAUGGGGGCUUGUCAUUGUAACUGCUGGAUGUGAUGGAACAAUCAGGACAUUCCAUAACUAUGGAUUGCCCGUCAGGCUCUAACUAAGUUCAGUUCGAUCACCCUGCACUGGCUCGUCACAUUUGAAGUCUAUGUUGUAAGAUGAUGCCUUUCAUUUCUGGGACAUCUUGCAAUGAAUCCUUAGCUCAUUAAAUAGGCAAGAAGAAUCAGCAGUGGAGAGCCUGCGUCCUGCUAUUUUUAGUAGGAUAAAGAUUUUAGUAGAAUAAGAAAUCUUUUGAAGGAUUUAUUAGUCUGUACAUUGUUAUGUGAAUAAUAAUUGAUUUAGUGAUUACGUAGGUAAGAAGUACAAUUGAAUAAUUGGGUCAAUUCCAGCUCAUACAUAGUUCUCCUGCAGACUAUAGUCCUCCAAGUGAGGAGUAGUUUUCAUUUUACCACAAUGAAGUUUAACAAGUUUCAA